GUACAAGGACAACAGGGCUUACCCUUGGCCGGGUGGCGAGAGCCACUUUAUCCUGUAUCCCGAGAGCGCGAAUCAAACGAUCUACACGCAGGAGAUGAGAGCCUCGGAUGCGGGACGGUACUCCUGCCAGGCACGUAACGACACAACCACUUUGGAGGGCGACAUCACUCUCUCUGUACUCGAUGAGGAAUCCGGGGUCUACACGGGGAAACCUUUGCCCACUUAUAGACCGAGCUCGCAGUUGGUGCCCCUGGGAGGUACACUCAGACUCUUCUGCGAGGCUUACCUGGGCAAGGUUGACCUGCCCGACGCCAAGAACUCCGUCACCUGGUCGAAAAGCGACAGCAACGUGACACUGCCCAGUCACGGUAGGAUAGCGCAGCACAGAGUGUCGCGAGAGAACGAUCAGAUAAUCGGCUCCUACUUGGAGAUUGUGGACGUCACUCUUGAGGAUUACGGCGAGUACAAAUGCGAAGUCAGCAACGGCGUCGACGAGGAGAUCACAUUGGCAGCUCAUGUGUUGCGAGAGCCCCAGUUCGUAUUGAGUCUUCCGAAUGGAUCCUGGCGAAAGUCUCUCCUGCUGGCAGUCCUCGUUCUCGUGCUGCUGCUAUCAGCCGGUGCAUUUUACGCGCGUUGCUGGCUGCCACUCGCACUGUUUUGCAGAGACAAGUUCGGCCACCUCGAGGAGAGCGACGGGAAGGAAUGCGACGCCCUGGUGUGCUACCACGAGAAGGACUCGAGCCUGGUGAUCGGCAUUGUGAUACCCACGCUGGAGUCCAGGCAUCGGUACAAGUGCGCGGCGCUGGAGUUGUCUCAGCUGAAUCACAAUUGGAGCCUGGAGAUCAGUCCGCACGCCAACACGGCCCGGCGAGUCAUCGUCGUGCUCAGCCCCGCUUCCCUGGACAACAUCUGGACGGACGCGAGCGUCGGCGCGGUCCUGAAGCAGCUGUCCUCGCUGCCGACCCGGGCGAUCGUCGUUACGCUGAAGAGACUGCCGAGCACGACGGCGACGAUCGCGAAGCGAUCGCGGCGUGAUCGCCGCGACGCCGACAGCAUCUCCUUCGACCGGCUGAAGAUCCUGUCCUGGCAGGACGGCGGUGGCGGCGGCAGCGGAGACGGCAGCAACGGCACCACGUUCGGUAGCGGCGGUCACAAGUUCUGGUACAAACUGAGGCUGGCGAUGCCGGCGAUGCGGCCGGUCGCGUCCGAGACCGGCUGCCAAUCGGUCGCGAUGAUAGUGCAGGCUAACGGCAAGUGCGGACAGCAAAAGGCACGCUCGCGCGAGAGCCUAGAGGUCCUUGUCUAAGGAUCACGCGGAUGAGAGUGCGAGACGCUCAUCUCAAGCCGUGGUUCCCACGAGAAAAAUCUUCUCGAUCCGAUUUGCCAAUCUUGGAAUUCCCUCGAGGCGAGAGGGUCUCGAGGUCGCGUCUGUGCGAUUCCGAUCCCGAGGAUCCCCGCGCGAGAGGAAUCCUUUCGCUUUUGAUAUCGAUUCGGCAAAAGAAUUGCGAGGCGACCUCGAUUUCGGCGGCGGCGACGGCCUCAGAAGUCUCGGGAUCUCCGUUCCGAUCCCUCUCGAGAAUCCUGGCGAGAGGGAUCUUUCGUUCGUGAUACCGAUUUUCGGGAAGAAAUCGCGAAGCGAGACGUCGCGAUGCCGACGAUCCGAAUCUCGCGCAAAGGGCCUCGAGGCCCUUGCUUAGGACGUUUAUUUUCGAGAACUCCGUAAAAGGUACGAUUGUUGUCCUUGAUAAGAGAGAAAAAAAAUCGCGGAGCUCUUUCGAUUUCGGUCGCGAAAUUUGAAGCGAAACUCGAGAGAUUGGAAGGCACGGUCUUCUUCGAUCUGGAGAUGGUGCAAAUUAUAAGAAACAGGCGAAAAAGGCGCGUCGCGACUUUGUGACGUUAUCACAUCGCGAUCGAUUUUCUCGCGAAUCGCGUCGAGAUUGGAAAGCAAAUUCGAUUUAGCGUCGCGACGCGAAGGAGAAGCUGCGGGCGCGCGGCACCGUGAAAUAGAAUCAAACGUCAGUUCCGGAAUCUUCCUUAGAUUCCCGGAAGCUUGAUUCUCUCGCCCGAGUUUUUGAGCUCGAAAUUAUGAACUCUUCAACCUUAGGUCGCGCGAUCUUCGGUCGAAGAGGCUUGAUCUUAAAUUAGGGAAAAGAAUUUCGUUGAAAUCGCGAAUCUCUCGUACCAAAAUACGCGAUUUUUUGUGAUCCACGCGGCAAAUCCGUUCGCGACUGCCUCUCGAACAUCCGUGUAGUUGGCGGACUAUACAGUUGGAAUGCAGUUACGUAAGGGGGAACGCCUAAACGGGAAUUUAUGCGAGGUGCAACUGCUUUCAACUGCAUCGACGUGGCAGUGCGAGUCGGCGGUGCGAAGCGUGAAUUUGCUAUACUCGUGAUAAGUUCGCGGCUCGUGAUAAGUUCGAUGGAAAUGUUGAAGACGCGUAGGGACCUUUGUACAAUUUUUUUUUAUCGUCGGACGAGUGAAUUUUUUGAUAAGAUGUAAAAAUUGGGAGGUAUUCCCCGUUAACAGGGACGAUACAGAGACAGAAGGGACGAAGGAUUGUUUGGCGCGGAUGUGCUGAUCAUUGAAAGUGAGUUCGAUCCUUUGUGAAUGCAAUGUUUUUUAAUGCAGCGGCUUCUACGCGAUUGAAAGUUUUAAUAUUGUAUUGCGUAAUAUUUAUUUCAAAAUGAAGAGAUCGCGACUUAUUUCCUUUCACUGACUGACACAUUGCGUGAAAGAACGUAAAAAACAGUGACUGAAAAGAUGUGUACUGUGAUCGGUGAUUUUUUAAUCCUUGAAUUUUCGGAUUCUUUGCAUCUUGUGUUUUUAAAGUUUUAGAUCCUAAACUUCUUGAAACUUUGAAUCUUUAAGUCUCUUCGGACAAAUCAAGAUUUUUCUAUUUUUUGAAUUUCUCGAAUUACAAGUUCUUAUUUGCGAAAAAUGAGAAAUUGUCAACAAGCCUCCGUGAGAUUUUAAAUAAAUAUAUUAAGGCCUGAUAAUCAAAAAGACGAGGACCCUCGCACAACUCGACGCUUAUUUGUUUGCUGAAUUGACGAUAUGAAGGAUACGUAGCAGUCGGAGAUUCUUUAAUCUUUGAAUUCUUAUUCUUUAAAACUUAUAUUCUUGAAGAUUUGAUUUUGGUAAUCUUUAAAAUUUAGAAAUUACUUUUAUUUAAAAAUGUAUCGA